CUCCUCGGCCCCGGGAGCGAUGGCGGGGCCGGGGCCGGGGCCGGGGGUGACCCCCAAGCCCCCCGUGCAGGUGUGCUGAACACAGCAUUUAGGAUCAAGUGCAGGCUGGGGAGUUGCAAGUAAAAAAUGUGGUUAGAGGACAGGCGGGAAAUCUGUCAUUGUGCCUGUUCACAACAGUGAAUGCUGGUUAGAUGAAUGCUUAAAGUCAGUUUGGGAACAAGAUUUUGAAGGAACCAUGGAGCUGUCAAUUUUUAAUGAUGCCAGUAAGGAUGGGUCAGCUGAAAUAAUUGAAAAAUGGAAGAUCAAGUUGGAAGAAGUUGGGAUUCCAGUAAUCAUUGGGAGUAAUGAUUCCUCUGAACCUCGAGGUGUUGGAUUUGCUAAAAAUCAAGCAGUAAUUCAAAGUUCAGGAACCUAUCUCUGCUUUCUGGAUUCAGAUGAUGUGAUGAUGCCACAGCGGGUUAGGCUGCAGCACCAAGUUGCCAUUCAACACCCAAACAGUAUUGUUGGUUGCCAAGUCAGAAGAGAGCCACUGGACUCCACUGAGCGAUACACUCGCUGGAUCAAUAACCUGACCCAGGAGCAACUUCUCACACAGGUGUUCACCUCCCAUGGACCCACUGUGAUCAUGCCAACCUGGUUCUGUUCUCGAGAGUGUUUUUUUCACGUGGGAAAAUUUGAUGAGGGGGGAAAGGGGGUUCCAGAGGAUCUGCUGUUUUUCUAUGAACAUAUCCAGAAGGGUGGUGAAGUCUUUCGAGUGAACAGUUGCCUCCUGCUCUACCGGUACCACCCAAAGGCUGCGACUCAUUCUGUCCUGGAGGGAACCAUCUGGAACCACCGAGUCAGAUUCCUUGAGGACAGAGUCCUGAGCUCCUGGACAUCAUUCACCAUUUGGAAUGCUGGCAAGCAAGGCAAGAAGCUCUACAGAAGUUUGUCACCAGCUAAUAGGAAAAAGGUCAUUGCCUUUUGUGAUGUUGAUGAAAAGAAAAUAACAAAAGGAUUCUACACUUAUGAGGAAUCUGAGGAGAGACCAAAACCAAAGGUCCCUGUGUGUCACUUCAGAGAUGCAGCUCCACCUUUCAUCAUCUGUGUGAAGCUGGAUUUGACAGGUGGAGUGUUUGAAGCAAACCUGGACAUGCUGAACCUGAAGGAAGGGAUGGAUUAUUAUCACUUUAACUAAACCCAAGGAAGGGCAGAGGAGCAGUGUCUGAACAUCUGUGCUGCAUCAUGUCCCUGCUGGGUGGUGUCUGAGAUGUCCCACUGCCAGCCUGGGAUGCUCCCAGGGAAGGAGGCUGGAAGGGCUCAAGGCAGCAGCUUCAGCCACUCCACGUGUUCUGCUGCUGGCUCAGGACACCCCUCCUGGUGCACAGGGACACCUCCAUGAACAAACAACCCCCUGGAGCACAUUCCCACCUGUACCUUGGACACCAGCUGAGGUUUGGGCACUUUCAGGAGGUCACAGAGGCAGUUGCGUCUCUCCCUCACCACGGGCAGUUCUGCUUCCCUGGGGGAGGAAAGGUUUGCCAGUUAAUUCACAAAUUAAAACCUGAAGGUGCCCAUAGUCAUACAACAUCCUAAGUGAUCCAUGUUACUACUGGAUUAUGAUGUUGUUUUGUGUAUAUUUCAAAUUCAAGGAGUUUUUGUUCUGUCACAUUUUAAGAAUAAUGAAACAUUUUUGUACCAUCUUAGGCCAGAUAACCCAUAAAUACACACCAGGUCUGCCACAGGUAACCACUUGCUACUAAAGUGUCCAAGACUAUUCUUUCAGAGUUUUAUAUUAAAAAAAAAAGCACUUAUUCAUACAACCCUAAGUUCAGUAAUUUAUUCUCUAACAUUACUGGAUUUGGAGAACACUCUACACUCUCCAGAAGCUUUGUCCUGAAAUAGAAAAAUCCAAACCUAAAAUAUGUGAGGCUUUUAAAAAAGUUCUGAAAUGGCAUCAUGUCCAUGAGAUAAUUUCUUCCAGAACUGUCAGUUAAAAAAGGUCCCAAAUGCCCCAAAUCCCUACAACCAGAAUUCUUUUCCAUGUGGCAGAAUCCCAUCCCUCAAACUGGAAUGUUGGGAGGCUGCUGGUCCUGCUCACCAGGGCAGGACAUUUAUUUGGGUUUUCUUAAGUAACGACUGUAAAUGAGCAAUUAAUUACAAAUUUAACUCUUGGCACAUAAACAGAGUCCAAAACUACAGAGAAAAAGCAAA